CCACCCCCACAAAAUACCAAAAAUGUAGUCAUCGCCAACAUCCGGGCACUUCCCAUAACCUAGAUCAACAUGGCGGCAGCAGGCAAGAAGAAGAAGAAGGCAAAGGGACAGACCGUGAGUCUGAAUGACUUUCUUGGCGAUGCGGCUCCGACCAGCUAUGUCAUGGCACCCAAGUCUAACGACUGGGCAGAUGAGACGGAGGGACUGGACUAUGACACCACUCCCACCUGGUCCGACUCAGGCUACUCCUCUGCGAUUGACCGUGCUCAGCUCCCCACGGCCCCGCGCUCCGCCAGGAUGGCAGACUUCGACGCCUCGCGCAUCCCCGACAAGCCGCCCUACACCGCCUUCCUCGGGAACCUCUCGUACGACGUGGAUGAAGAAGCCAUCGAGAGAUUUUUCCGCGAUAUGAAGCUGGUGACGGUAAGGUUACCACGUGACGGUGGUGACAGCGGUCGGCUGAAGGGUUUCGGGUACGCGGAAUUCGAGGACAAGGAUUCACUUCUCAAAGCCAUUAACAUGAACAAUGAGAAACUGCUGAAUCGUCAGAUCAGGAUAGAUGUGGCUGACCAGACACAACAAGGAGGACAAGACAGGGAUUCUCGGUGGGGAGACCGGGAUGGUAAGGAUCGUUCAGACGGCCGGGACAGAGCCAUGUAUGAUGAGUUAACAGCAGGGGACUGGAGAAAAGCCUCGUCUGAAGCAGGGAUCCUGCCCCCAGCUCGAGGGGGGUUUUCAGAUCGGAGGGACCGUGAUCGGGACAUGGACCGGGGAGGCCGCGGCGGUGCGGAGGAUGAAGACAGAACGCCGGGCGACUGGAGGAAAGCCUCCGCUGAGAACGGACCGGCAUUCAGUCGCUUUGGCGACAGAGACACGGGCCAACGGGACAUUCGCUACAGUCAGGAUCAGUAUGGAGAUAGAGGUCCUAGCGACGACAGAGGCGGUUACGAUCGCGGCUACGGCAGAUCCGAUGACCGCGGGGGUUACGGGCGAGACCGCGGGUACGACGACAGAGACCGGGGGUACGGGUCGAGAGACCGGGGCUACAACGACCGAGGCUUCAGCGACCGCGGCAGAUACGAUGAUGGAGGCGGUCGGCGCGGCUUUGGUUCGGGUUACCGUGACGAUGACAGAAGAGGCGGCGGGUAUGACGACUACGGGAGGGGCGGGUACGGGCGCAGGGAUGACCGCGGCGGGUUCGGGCGCGACUUCGGGGACAGGUAUGGAUCACGGAGAGAUGACCGCUUCCCAGACCGUGAUGGCUUCAGGGGCGGCCGCGAUGACAGAGAACCUGAGAGAGGUCCUGCCGAGAGGCCCAAGCUUCAGUUAGCAAAACGUACCAAGCCUGUGGAAAACACCCCUCCCCCGGCACAAGCCAAGUCCCAGAGUAGUAUAUUCGGCGCCGCCAAACCCGUGGACACGGCGGCGAAGGAACGCGAGAUCGAGGAGAAACUAGCGCGACAGAAGGUGGAAGAGGAAGAGAGAGCCCCCCCUCGUGAGCGGACUGAAAGCGGCAGAAGUCGGCGAGACAGUGAGAACUCAGCGACGUCAGGCAGGUCACGACACAACAGCUCAUCUAGCCAAACUAAAGGGCCGCGACCUGUACCAGUGUCCAGUCAUCAAAGACACGACAGCGAGCGAUCUGCUGACGGAAACGAAGUCUUCCAAUCCGACGAGUCCCCGCGCUCACCAAAGAGAGAAGACGCCCCCGCAAAAGCCAUCCCCGCACCCCCUCCGAAGGAUAACCCCUGGUCGAAACGCAGCGAACCCCCUCAGAAUAGUUUUUAA